AUGAUGGGUUCUGCAAACUCUGGUGAUUUGUCAUCAGAGAUGGAAGUGGAUGCUUUUAGACGCCUUUUCCCUCUGCGCUUCCAUGAGCGUCAUCUACUUGAGUCAAUACGACCUGAUGCCAGGAUGCUUGGAAAAGCUAGAGAUACUACACUGGCUCUUGGAGCCGUUGCAUCUGCUGAUGGGUCAGCACUAGCAAAGAUUGGUUGCACCACAAUGCUGGCUGCCAUUAAAAUGGAAGUCAUGACCCCUACAGCAGAGUCACCAGAUAUGGGCUGCAUAGCUAUCGAUUUCCAUAUGCCUCCAAUUUGUUCUCCAACUGUUAGGCCUGGCAGGCCAGCCGAGGCAGCACCAGUUGUGUCGAAGCAGUUAUCUGACACCAUCUUAAGUUCUGGCAUGAUCAACUUGAAGGACUUAUCAUUGGUCAGAGGGAAAGCUUCUUGGAUGGCCUACCUGGACAUAUAUUGUUUAGAUGCUGAUGGUGCUCUUUUUGACGCCGCAUUACUUUCUGCUGUUGCCGCCUUCUCCAAUUUGCAAAUUCCCAUAGUUGCUCUGAAUGAUGAUGGAAGAGUAGUAGUUGUAUCCGAGGAAAAUGAGGGAGGAAAAUUGAAAAAGGAGCCAGUCAACAAAGAGAAGAGGAAGCUCAAGUUGAGCAGCAUUCCAUUCUCCUUAACCUGCAUACUUCACAAGAAUUACAUUCUGGCAGACCCUACAGCAGAAGAAGAGUCCAUCAUGGAAACUCUUGUAACUGUGGUAUUGAAUUUAUCUGGUCAGCUUGUGUCUCUUUACAAGCCGGGUGGGCAAUUUCUUGCCUAUACAUCAGCUAUCCAGGAUUGCAUGGCAUUGACAAGACAAAGAGUGAAGGAACUUAAGAAGAUCUUGGAUGAAGCCAUAUGUGAUAUGGAAAUGGACUAA